AGUUGGCACGACGGCAUGUCUGGCUCUACGUCAAUUUUAGCACCAACUAUUUUAGCAGGGUGUUCUCUUUCCAACCGAAGUACACUGCAGCUCCAACCUACGCCCUAACGGCUAUUGGUCUGUACUUAUAUUUAAUUUUCACUAUCCCUUAUUUCCUAAUGGACUAAUGGAGUCUUUCCCCUUUGUUUAACGUACCAGUCCUGAUCUCGAUCGAUCUUUCACUUGAUUUCGCUGAUAAACAAAAACGAUAUAGAGCUUAACAUAGGUUCCUCUUCGCCCCUCUCCUUUCUUAAAGAGAAGUAAAAUGGGGAGGAUUAGAUCGUCCGCCAAUAGGUGGAGGUUCAUCAAUCCAUCUUACUAUUUGAAACGGCCUAAGCGUCUCGCAUUGCUUUUCAUUGUUUUUGUAUUUGGUACUUUCUUCUUUUGGGAUCGACAAACUUUAGUCCGAGAUCACCAGGAAGAGAUCUCUAAGUUGCAUGAAGAAGUGAUACGGUUGCAAAAUCUGCUGGAAGAGUUGAAGAAUAGUCGAGGUGUAUCAGGUGAAAAGAUGAAUUUUAGUCGCAGUGGUGGUGAUGUGAUGAAGAAAAAGGAUUUCGCUGAUGACCCCAUUGAUGCUCAGCGAAGAGAAAAAGUGAAAGAUGCUAUGCUUCACGCCUGGAGUUCAUAUGAAAAAUAUGCAUGGGGCCAUGAUGAACUUCAGCCACAAACAAAGAAGGGUGUUGACAGUUUUGGUGGUCUUGGGGCAACAUUAAUAGAUUCUCUUGACACAUUAUAUAUCAUGGGCCUGGAUGAGCAGUUUCAGAGAGCUAGAGAGUGGGUUGCAAGCUCCUUGGAUUUCAACAAGAAUUAUGAUGCCAGUGUUUUUGAGACAACCAUAAGAGUUGUCGGUGGACUUCUUAGUGCAUAUGAUCUCUCUGGUGAUAAGCUUUUCCUUGAUAAGGCUAAAGAUAUUGCUGACAGACUGUUGCCUGCAUGGAAUACACCAUCUGGCAUCCCUUACAACAUUAUCAACUUGUCACAUGGGAAUCCGCAUAAUCUUGGGUGGACAGGGGGUAAUAGUAUCCUGGCAGAUUCUGCCUCUGAGCAGCUUGAAUUUAUUGCUCUUUCGCAAAGGACAGGAGACUCAAAGUAUCAACAGAAGGUGGAGAAUGUUAUCUUAGAACUUAAUAGAACUUUUCCAGAUGAUGGUUUGCUUCCAAUACACAUUAAUCCCGAGAGAGGGACAACGUCAUACUCCACUAUAACGUUUGGGGCCAUGGGGGACAGCUUUUAUGAAUAUUUACUCAAGGCCUGGAUACAAGGAAACAAAACAGCUGCUGUGGGACACUACAGAAAAAUGUGGGAGACAUCAAUGAAAGGUCUUUUAAGCUUGGUGCGGAGGACUACCCCAUCAUCUUUUGCUUAUAUUGGUGAGAAGAUUGGAAGUUCUUUAAAUGACAAGAUGGAUGAACUUGCAUGCUUCGCUCCAGGAAUGUUAGCUUUAGGGUCGUCUGGUUAUGGUCCUGACGAGUCUCAGAAGUUCUUAUCACUGGCGGAAGAGCUUGCUUGGACUUGCUAUAACUUCUACCAGUCAACACCUACAAAAUUGGCAGGAGAAAACUAUUUCUUUAAUGAUGAUGGGCAGGAUAUGACUGUGGGCACAUCAUGGAACAUACUAAGGCCAGAAACGGUUGAGUCUCUAUUUUACCUCUGGCGUUUAACUGGAAACAAGACAUACCAAGAGUGGGGUUGGAACAUAUUUCAAGCAUUUGAAAAGAACUCGAGAAUAGAGUCUGGAUAUGUUGGACUUAAAGAUGUUAAUACCGGCGUGCAAGACGAUAUGAUGCAAAGCUUUUUCCUUGCGGAGACUCUUAAAUAUCUCUACCUUCUUUUCUCACCCUCUUCAAUCAUUCCACUAGAUGAGUGGGUCUUCAACACAGAAGCCCACCCCAUAAAAAUUGUUAGCCGGAAUGAUCCAGCAGUGAGUUCUGGAAGUUCAGUUGGACAAACAACAUCAUAUAGGCGGCCACGGACCAGGAGAGAAGGCCGAUUUGGUAAUAAGUAGGUUCACAGGUCAUCAUUAGUUUAGUUGUUGAUUCAAAAGGCCAAUUUGGGAUUUGGGAUUCAAGUGCAAUUUUGCUUGGCACUUCUUUCAACCAGAUUGGUGGAAUUUUUCCCCCCAACAUUGAUAAAAUGUUCAGUAUAGGAGAAGUUAUGAGAAUGUAGCAUAGUUAUUUAGUUUCCUUUUAUACGUUCCCUUAAUACUAGCGACUGUAUUCUAGUACAGGGCAUUUAGCUCUAUAUUUUUUGGGGCUGGACGACUGGACGAGUAUUUGUAUAUCAUUCCUUUUUAUUUUGCGUUUUUUAAAUAUAGUAGGUAAAUUCUCAUUUCAAA